UGUAGCCCCAGCCCAGGACUGUCAGUACUUGGUCGGCCGGGCCCCUCGACCCAGUGCUCUGGUGCUAUGGCCGCCCCACCGCAGCUACAGGCUCUUCUCCAGGCUGUCAACAAGCUGCUUCGCCAGCGCCGCUACCACGCUGCGCUGGCCGUGAUAAAGGGCUUCCGGAACGGGGCUGUCUAUGGAGUCAAGAUCCGGGCACCUCAUGCACUGGUGAUGACCUUUCUCUUCAGGAGUGGCAGUCUCAGAGAGAAGCUGCAGGCCAUUCUGAAAGCCACGUACAUCCACUCUCGGAACCUAGCCUGCUUUGUGUUCGCCUAUAAGAGUCUCCAUGCCCUACAGUCCCAUGUGCACGGCGAGACCCACCAGAUGCACUCUUUCCUGGCUGCCUUCAUCGGGGGGCUCCUGCUGUUUGGAGAGAACAAUAACAUUAAUAGCCAGAUUAACAUGUACCUGACAUCACGCGUCCUGUAUGCCUUGUGCCGCCUGGGUGUGGAGAAGGGCUACAUCCCUGCGCCCAAGUGGGACCCGUUCCCCUUGCACACUGCAGUGAUUUGGGGGCUCGUGCUAUGGCUUUUUGAGUAUCACCGGCCCACUCUGCAGCCCUCCCUACAGUCCUCCAUGACCUACCUCUAUGAGGACAGCAACGUGUGGCACGACCUCUCAGACUUCCUCAUCUUCAACAAGAGCCGCCCCUCCAAGUAACACAGUCCAACCAAGGUGCUUCAGGAACUCCUCCGCCCAGACAGCCUCCAGGCGGCGGCCCGCGGCUGCUCAGGGUACGGGUCUGUUGACAUACCCUCGUGGAGGAGCCUGCCUUCUCAAAGUCAUGGCCCUCACACUCCAACUCCUAUUAACCCAGGCUCCCAUUUGCUGAAGUAAAAGUACUGAGUUUUCGGCCUACCAGUACUUUUGAAUACUGUAGCACGUGGCUGGAUCCCAGUAAGGAGUCUGCGGCUUGAUUCCAGAUGUUCUUCCGACUUAUGUAAGGCCACGGCAAACUCACCCCUCUCUUGGCUUCAGGUCAUUCAGGUCAGGGGAGGACCCUCCGAGGAAAAUGGCUUCCUGGUGGAUAUGAUGGCCCUCCCUCUAUCAGAGGGCUCCUUGGUAGUGGGCAAUAGGUUACAAACACUUUGAAAGGAAAAAAAAAAACUAAAUUCUUUGUCUAAAUUAUUCUGUUGAGACGUUCUGGAGCCCUGCUGUCCAAUUGGAGCAAAGCACUAUAUGAGCCACAUGCACAGCACGUGUCAAGCCCGUGUGAGACCCCACAGCCUAUCACCAGCACUGAGAAAACGUCGAGUGACCACAUUUUUUUGAGAUGCAUUAAGAAGGCUGUGGCUGGGCAGUGGUGGCGCAAGCCUUUAAUCCCAGCUCUUGGGAGGCAGAGGCAGGUGGAUUUCUGAGUUUGAGGCCAGCCUGGUCUACAGAGUGAGUUCCAGGACAGCAAGGGCGACACAGAGAAACCCUGUCUCAAAAAACCAAAAAAA